AUGUCUACCCGACGUGUCACCCGUGCAAAAAAUGCAACUCAGCAUCCGGGUAUCCCAGACAUAACCCCGAAGAAGAAACACCGUACUGCAGCAGAGGUAGCUGCUGAGCGUCAGUCUCAGUUAGAUGCUAAAGAAGAAAAAGAACGCACCAAGAGAGCUAGCAUCAAACACAUUGCUAAAUAUGAGAAGAAGCAGGCAGACCAGGAUGUGGUGACCGAUGCUACACCACAGGCUGUGCCGUCGAAGCCAAAGCCAAAGCCAAUCCCAAGCAAGAGGAAGGCUGUUGUGGCGCCUCCUGCUGUCGAAGACAUGCCAAGGCCAAUUCCUCGCAAGAAGAAGGUCAUCGUACAUACUUCCGCUGUGGAGGACAACGGGUUUCUGUUGGAUGCUGAGAUGGAUGAUGUGGUUGCUGAUAGUAGCACCUUCAACCCAGAUCCAACCCAACCUUCAGACACGAUGGCCUCGGACUUAGACACAGAUGGGUCUGACAGUGCAAUGCCAUCAUCACCGCCCAGGAAAAAGAUGAAAGUUAGUGGGAAGAAGGCAGGGAAGGUGACGAAGUCUUCUGUACGUGAUGCUAUCAAAGCAGUCCAGCAGACUCAUAUGUCAGAGAAGAGUAAGGCUGCAGAUAGGAAGAAAACUGCACCUCACAGCACAAUCAGCCUCCAUACCAAUGACUCAAAUGACCCGGACGACUCAGACCCGGAUGAUGAUGCUAUGGUCGUUGAUCAACCUUCAAUGAAGGCAUCUAAGAAGGCCACCAGUAAAAAAUCAGCACGGUCAGUUCCGGCUGCUCGCUUGAACAAUGAUCCAGAUGAACCUAUCACCAAUCCCCCUCUGGAAAGGCAGCCAUCUCAAGAAGGAGAAGGAGAAGAGAAGGAAGAGAAGGAGAAGGAGAAGAAAGGAGGGAGAAGGAAGGAGAAGGAGAAAGAGGAGAAGGAGAAAGGAGAAGGAGAAGGAGAAGAGAGAAGGAAAGAGAAGGAGAAGGAGAAGGAGAAAGAGGAGGAAGGAGAAGGGAAGAAGGAGAAGGAAGGUAGCAAGUAG